AUGCCACCUCAACUCCCAGAAGGAGGCCACACCGUGGUCUACUCCACCGUUGACAACCAUGAAGUCAAGUUGGACUAUUACCUCCCCCGCACCACGGGUAGCCUGCCCGCAAUGAUCUACUAUCACGGCGGUGGCAUGUCCGCCGGUUCACGCCGAGGCCGUGGCUUCCCGCACUGGAUGUACGACCACUGCCAAGAAAAGGGCUACAUUCUCAUCUCAGCAGACUACCGUCUCUGCCACCCCACCAACGCAAUUGACCAGAUUGAUGAUGCAAAGGCUCUUUUGAGCUAUAUUGCAGGAUCGCAGUUCGCCGGCGAGCUUCCAGAAUCUGUAUCACUUGACACAGCUCGCAUCGCUGUGACUGGUUUCUCUGCUGGUGCCUACUCUGCUCGCGCAGCUUGUCUCUACGCAACACCCAAGCCAGCAGCUCUCCUUUCUGUCUACGGAUUGGGCGGUAAUAUGCUUCUGGAUCACUGGACAGGCGCGCGACCACCGACCUCGCUCGCGAAAUUCUUCGAUCUGAGCGGCGUUCCCGCCUUGUUGGCGGAUAAGACAGUUGUCAGUGACGAUUACAUUGAGGGAGGCAUGUCGAAGCGUUUUGCGAUGACAAUCGACUGGGAGAUUAAGGGCACAUUCCUUGAUGGUGUUUUCCAGAGGCCGGGACUGGGCAAGUCACUGGAUGCUCUGGAGUACGAGAAGCGGUUCGAGGCUGUUCCAGAGGAUCUGAAGCCCGGUAUGCUGCAGCAGUUUGUUACGGCUGAUUACCCACCCUCGGUGUUUGUACACGGCAAGAGUGAUGAGGUUGUUUCUCCUGAAGAGAGUGUUUACCAACAUGAGCAACUAAGCAAGCUGGGAGUUUCAUCGCAGCUGUAUCUUGUGGAGAAUGGGCCGCAUGGCUUGGAGGGAGCUGUGAUGAUGAGAAAGAUGGCCGGAGCAGAAAUUCCCGGUGGUGACAAGGUGAUUGCCGAUUCGAUGGAAGCUUAUGGCAAAGCUCUGGUCUUCAUUGAUGGGAUUUUUAGUGCGGUUUAG